GUGGUUACCAAGGUCGUACCGUCCUUUAAAUCGAAUGUUGGUACAGUGGACGAUCGAUAGCUCGAUGUAGUCGCUCACGUUCGGGCAAUUUCGGUCCAGACGCGGGAUCGUGCCGUGAGUGAGAGCAGGAUGCCAUCCUCGAGGUGAAGGUGAAGAGCGAAUCACUGGUAUGGAAGUGGGGAUAAACGUGAGGCCGGCGACGACGCACGGGUACCAUCAAACUGCGUCGUAUGUGCUCUGGCUAAUUUCGAGAUUCACAUGUACCAACGGUGACAAAUUUCGCCUCGUCCUUGCUACCACCUUGAGAGAGGAUGGCUAUCCAGAUGGUGGGGAUUGGAAUGCUAUUGAACAAGAGGGUGGAUCACGUGCUGACAGCUUUGAGUAUGUCAUGUCUGGGAAGGUGUACCGAAUCGAGGGAGACGAGGCAAGCAACGAACCGAGCACUAGGCUAUCUGCAUACGUGUCCUUCGGUGGUCUUCUCAUGAGGCUGCAAGGUGAUGCCAACAAUCUCCAUGGCUUCGAGAUAGACCAGCACAUGUACCUGUUAAUGAAGAAACUGGCAUUCUAAUUGAUGUGACGGUUGCUAAAAUAAAUCAUCGAUAUUCGCAGCAACAAAAUCCAGAAUAUGAUUUUUCAUAUUUACGAGCGCUGAGAUCGUUGUAAAACGUGAGGAGGCGUUUCAAGGGCAAAUCGGAGUGGGCAACUGUGCAUUUUGAAAGAAUAAAGAAUAGUCCAGCUGAUGACCACACUUUACUCAAUCGAUCUGCCCUGGUUAUAUGACUUUGUGUAUAAAAGUUUCAUGAGUCCUAUCCGUUUCAUAAUCGUUUUUCCUACCUGGUGAACGGUUGGAGGGACAAUAUCACGUUUAUUUGCUGCCGAAUCGGUUCUCCAACCGGAAUAAAUGUAUUUUUUACUGAUUGUGGAAGUAAAGUUUGUUUUUUUUAAA